AUGGCGAAGGAGAGCUUCCCUGACACCUGCAUCUUUCCAGAUAUUUUAGACUGUGUGGCCAACCCUCCAAAGAAGAAGAAUUGGGCCCCUGGUGAUUUGGAGCCCCAGCCAUCCCUCAGCUCUGUCCUCUGGGGUGAGGAGCCAGAGGAGGCUGGCCAUGAUGUCAGGCAACCUUUGUCAGAGUCGAGCAGUGGUUCUGAAGCUGAUUAUCGAGGGUCGGCGCAAACGGUCUUUUCCAUGGGUUGGAACAGUUUACUGGACUUGAAGAAGGCCACCUUUUGGAAGGAGGGCGUGAACAGCGCCCCAGAAAAGAAGAAGCGCAAGUACAACAACACUGAACGCGCUGCAAUGGCUAGCUACAGUCGGCAGAGCUCUGCAGGGCACUUUAAAGAGAAUGGGGUUGAUCCAGGGCGACUUCAGAAGCUCUUUAAAUUGCCAUCCUGCCAAUGUGCUAAUGUGGAAUGCUUCAAGCAGUUCAAGAAUUCAAAGGACCUGCCAAGCUUUCUCCGAACUUUCUGGAACAUGCAGAAAAGCGAUCAGGACUCCAUGGUUCAGCUUUGCUUAGCCACCACCAGUGAGUCUAGAGACAAGCAGUUCACCCUUCUUGACCGACCAGUUGGCUUCAAGUGUCUUGCGGCAUUGCUGGGUGUGGGCACUGGUCGGCUGCGCAAAGGGACCACAAGCACCCCAGACCUGCGGCAUGGCACUCGUCCCUACAUGAGCAGACCGUCUACAUGGAGUGUUGAUGGUUUUCUUCGCAUAGCGUACGAUUCAGUGGCAGAAACAAUGCCGGAUGAGUUCAUCAGACGUGGCAGAGCUUCCCAGAAGAAGAAAUCUGAUCUGGAUAGUGAUGGUGAUUCAGGGUCUGAAGAAGUGGCUUCUGACGUUGAAAAUGUCGAGGAGAUGCGUGAGUGGUUGUCAACCACAUCUGCCAAAAGUACACUUCUUCCCAAUCAGGUUCUUGUGCGGAAGUUCCUACCACCAGGGAAUGUGAUGGAACUCUUUGAAGAGUACAAGGCUACCCAGCAAAUGCUUGGAGGAAAGCCAGUGUCGUACACAACAUUCAACCAUGUCUACAAGGAGCGCUGGCAAGACAUCCUUCGAUUUCGAUCUCAAUCCCUAUUCACUUCUUGUGAAGUAUGCUGCGCUUUCAAAACACAGUUGCAGGACAAGAAACUCACUUUUGAACAAAAGCUGGGGUGUCUGCAGGGAUACAGGGCCCAUUUACAUGAUCAAUAUUGUGACCGUACCACGAUUUGGACACUUCAGUUUGAAGGUGCCGAUCAACACUCUGGAAUCCUAAUGAUUUGCACAGACGGCUUAGAUCAAGCUAAAUUUGCCCUGCCACGCGACCCACAACUUCGAGCAAACGCAGGAUUGGCAAAGCACCAGCGUCCUCGGCUGAAGGUGCACGGGGUAUGGUGCUAUGGGUACACAUUGAACAUAUCGAUCCUUGACGACUGUAGCCGCCAUGACAGCAGCGCAAUAAUAGAAAUGAUCUCCCAAGCCGUGGAGGAUGUAUCUUGGCUUUGCCAAGGGGUGUUUGUCUUUAACAAAACAUCCACAUAUCAGGCGGACAACACAGUCCGCGAGGCAAAGAACCAAUACCUCCUCACGUAUAUCCAUUUGGCAGUGGCCAAGCAUUUGUUUCGCAGUGCUUGCCUCUGCCACCUCCGCAAGAGCCACACCCACUGCCGGGUGGAUCAGCUGUGA